AUGAUCCCCUGGCAUCCGCAUAUCAGGAAAGCGCCCUACAUCCCAGGUGGCUCACCUGUCAGGACAGUCAGGGCUGUCAAAGAUAUCAGUCUGCAGAACUGCAAGAUUCGGGCUUUCAUACCUGAAGGAACCCCUCCAGAAGGGUGGCUGGUGUUGUUAUAUAUCCAUGGAGGUGGAUGGACGCUUGGGAGUAUCGAUACUUUGAACUUGUUCAUAUCCCGCCAAUGCAAAGAGAACAACUGUGUUUCGGUGAUGCUGGACUAUCGCUUGGCUCCUGAGAACCCAUAUUCUGCAGUGGUCGAGGACACGGCAGAGUUCAAUGCAAAUGUGAACAAAAUCGCGGGUGGAGGGUCAUCCAGUGGCGGCAAUUUAGCUGCAAUCACAUGUCUCAAGGCGCAAGAACUCAUGCCUCCCAUUCCCAUCACCUUCCAGCUGUUGAUUGUGCCUGUGACUGACAAUACGGCAUUCAAUACCAUUUGGCUGUGCGAAGGGCGGAUGAUGUGGUUCUGCAAAAUGUACCUUCCUGACCCUGUGACCUGGACAGGACCAGACAACUUGCCUAUCUUUGCAUCAGAUGCUUUGCUUGCCAAGGUCCCGUCUGCGUUCAUUAGUGUCUGUGAACUUGAUAUUCUGCGGGAUGAAGGACUCACAUAUGGCAAAAAGUUAAAGUCGCUUGGGGUGAAGGUAGAGGCAAAGGUUUACCCAGGAGUGCUGCAUCAGAUUUUUGGGAUGGAUGCUGCGCUGAAAGUUGGGAAGCAGCAGGCUGACGACGCCAUCAAGGCUGUGGGAGAUGCUUUCAAAGCAGCAUAG